UCCUGAAUGAACACAGAAGUUGCUAGGAGAAAGUUUCAUUGCAGUCAUGUCGUACAUCGUAAGUCUUCUGGCGUUAGCGGUUUUUGUGCACGUAAAUCAAAAAUCCGCGGUAAAUGGACAGAUCGGGGCACCUCCUGGGCCUACGAAACCGAGGGUAUUAAUUCUUGGCGCAGGACCGGCGGGGCUUCAGGCAGCACAGACUCUAGUUGACCAGGGUAUUACGGACUUUUUGGUUUUAGAAGGGGCUGGAUAUUAUGGUGGACGUGUGCGAGAUAUUCCAUUUGCUGGGGCUCAGGUGGAAGUCGGGGCUGAUCGGGCUUUGCCGUUGGCCGAAGCGUUGGAAAGUUCGGCGAUUGGUCUGCUUCGGACUCACCGACCUAACUGGGAGUCAAUGGACGUGUACGAUGGAUCGGGACGAAAUCUGAAUCAAGCUGCCCAGCCAGUCUGGAAUGAGGCGGGACGUGCGGUACGGAAUGGUUUGAAUCUAGCUGAAGAGCUAUGGGAGUCUCACGACACAGACAUGUCUGUCCGAGCUGCUUAUCGUACCAUUGGCUGGUUACCUACAACACCUCUGGAGAAGACCAUCGAAUGGGCCUAUAACGACUAUUGGCUCGGUGACCGCCCAAGUUAUGCAUCUCUGAUGUCACAUGCAUUUGACGCACCUGAGUGGGUGAAACGAGGUGCUGGUGCCAGAAAACCAGCUUACAUUACUGAUCAACGGGGCUUUAAGCACUUCUUUGAGGCCAAUAUGCUCUUCCUGCAGAAUCCAAUGCACAAAGCUAAGAUACUUCUUAACAAGAAUGUGACUCAAAUCAACAACAAUCCACUCGAUAUACAGGUCAAAUGUGCUGAUGGAAGUGUCUAUUCUGCCGACUACGCUAUAUCCACGUUUAGCGUCGGUGUUUUGCAGAACAAUGUCGUCAAGUUUGUUCCUGAGUUACCCGGAUGGAAAGUAAGAGAGUAUAAUCGAUUUACAAUGGGAGCACAUACCAAGAUUUUGAUGCGUUUUCCGACUAAGUUUUGGGGGAAUAAAGAGUUUAUCUUGCGUGCCACGGACAGGAAGGGUCAUUAUCCAUUAUUUACCGAUCUAGGUUCUAAAGGAAUUUACAGUCGCAAUGUCAAUGUCCUUAUGGCUGAAAUUACAGGUGACGAAGCCAGGCGGAUUGAUAAGCAGCCGCAAAAUGUCAUCAAAAAUGAAAUCAUGGCCGUACUUCGUGAAAUGUUUGGUCCGAGAACACCAAAUCCGACAGAUUUCUAUAUCACAGAUUGGAACUCGAACCCAUUGACGAUGGGUGCGCGCUGCGUAUGGGGUCCGGCACUUUCAACGAAAUGUUUCCAAAGGAUUCAAUCUAAAGUAGGCAGGGUGUUAUUUGCUGGCGAGCAUACCAGUCUACAGUUUAGUUCUCAUGUGCAAGGAGCGCUUGAAAGCGGUGCCCGAGAGGCGAACAAAGCUGUACAGUGUAUGAAUGGAGGAGCAUGUACAGAGUGGGUAGAAGGUCAUCAGUGCGCAUGCACUGGGAAUGCACCAGCGUUCAGCAAAAACUCAGCGUCGAGUUCCCGAGUGACUAGUGCAUGUGUUUUGACAGCAAUCGUCUUCGCUUUAACAACAUUCUUCAGCAUCUAAUUUGUUUUAUUAUACAUGUGUAUACUUAACUUUAAAAAAGUGCCUAUGAACUUAAUGUAGGCCUUAAUAAGAUCAAAUGGCUUGUAAAUAGCUAACGCUAUAAAUGCUGUUAUGUGACUCCAACAGAAAGUUUCAUGUUUUAUACCUAAUAAAAAAAAGUAAACACCCCGAUGUUAUCAUGCAGUGAUUGGCCAGUGAAACAACGCGUAUUUGAAUUACGCAGGAGUACGCAGUGAUGGUGUGUUGUCACUCCGAUUUGUGUUUCAUUCCGCACCUCUACAUAGGUCUAUGUGCGUUUUCACAAAAUACGAGGGAUUUUGUUCCGUUUACCAAAGAAAGCAAAAUAAUUUCCAGCAUUAUUCAAUGUUAUUUUCUUUUUUAAUUUUCCAAGAAAAAAGUAACAUUGAAUAUAUUACAUAUUGGAUCCAGCCAUUUUUCAAUGAUCUUUCUAUUUACAAUUUGUGAAAAAUUUCACAACAGAACCUAAAAUCUUGUGAAAAUAUGUUGGAGAAUUCAAGCGGUUAUAAUCUAAUGCUGCUAAUUAAUUUUUUUUGUAAUAUUCUUGAAAUAAAUGCAACUGUUAUUUUGACAA